AUGAUACCUUGGGACGGAUGUAAAGCUAAGCAAAUUGCCUCUGCUCCAAGAACAGAGGAUUGUGUAGGUUGUAAGAGAUGUGAAUCCGCCUGUCCAACAGAUUUCUUGAGUGUCCGGGUUUAUUUAUGGCAUGAGACAACUCGCAUACGGGUUUUUCUGGUCAAAGCAUAUCUUGUUUUUACCACGAAUUCUUUUCCUUGGUUAACAAUAAUUGUAAUUUUUCCGAUAUCCGCGGGUUCUUUAAUUUUCUUUCUUCCUCAUAAAGGAAAUAAGGUGAUUCGCUGGUAUACUUUAUGUAUAUGUUUAUUAGAACUCCUUCUAAUGACCUAUGCAUUCUGUUAUCAUUUCAAAUUCGACGAUCCAUUAAUCCAACUCGAGGAGGAUUCUAAAUGGAUAAAUAUUUUUGAUUUUCACUGGAGAUUAGGAAUUGAUGGACUUUCCAUAGGACCCAUUUUUUUGACGGGAUUCAUUACAACUUUAGCUACUUUAGCAGCUUGGCCAGUUACUCGAGAUUCCCGAUUGUUCCAUUUCUUGAUGUUAGCAAUGUACAGCGGUCAAAUAGGAUCAUUUUCUUCUCGAGACCUUUUUCUUUUUUUCAUCAUGUGGGAGUUAGAAUUAAUUCCCGUUUAUCUACUUCUAUUCAUGUGGGGGGGGAAGAAACGUCUGUAUUCGGCUACAAAGUUUAUUUUAUACACUGCUGGGGGUUCUAUUUUUCUGUUAAUAGGAGUUCCGGGUAUGGGUUUAUAUGGUUCCAAUGAACCAACAUUAAAUUUUGAAACAUCAGCUAACCAAUCAUAUCCUGUGGCAUUGGAAAUUUUAUUCUAUUUUGGAUUUCUUAUUGCUUAUGCUGUCAAAUCACCGAUUAUACCCCUACAUAUAUGGUUACCGGAUACCCACGGAGAAGCACAUUACAGUACAUGUAUGCUUCUAGCCGGAAUCUUAUUAAAAAUGGGAGCGUAUGGGUUGAUUCGGAUCAAUAUGGAAUUAUUACCCCAUGCUCAUUCUAUAUUUUCUCCCUGGUUGAUGAUAGUAGGCACAGUGCAAAUAAUCUAUGCAGCUUCAACAUCUCUCGGUCAACGUAACUUAAAAAAGAGAAUAGCCUAUUCCUCUGUAUCUCAUAUGGGUUUCCCAAUUAUAGGAAUUGCUUCCAUAAGUGAUACAGGACUCAACGGAGCUGUUUUACAAAUAAUCUCUCAUGGAUUUAUUGGUGCUGCACUUUUUUUCUUGGCAGGAACGAGUUACGAUAGAAUACGUCUUAUUUAUCUCGACGAAAUGGGAGGAAUAGCUAUUCCAAUGCCAAAAAUUUUUACGAUGUUCAGUAGCUUCUCGAUGGCUUCUCUUGCAUUGCCGGGAAUGAGUGGUUUUGUUGCGGAAUUGAUAGUGUUUUUUGGAAUACUUACUAGCCCCAAAUAUCUUUUAAUGGCAAAAAUACUAAUUACUUUAGUAAUGGCAAUUGGAAUGAUAUUAACUCCUAUUUAUUCAUUAUCUAUGUCACGUCAGAUGUUCUAUGGAUACAAGCUAUUCAAUGCUCCAAACUCUUAUUUUUUUGAUACUGGACCACGAGAACUAUUUGUUUCGAUCUCUAUCUUUCUACCUGUAAUAGGUAUUGGUAUUUAUCCAGAUUUUGUUCUCUCAGUAUCAGUUGACAAGGUCGAGGCUAUUUUAUCUAAUUACUUUUAUAGAUUAUAGUUUUUUAGAUUAAAGAUAGUUUUCAUAAAAAAGACAAAAAAGAAAAAUAUAAAAUACUGGCAUUUUUAAACGUUGUAGAAAAAAAAAAAAAGAAAAGUUUUUCUUUUUUGAAGUAAAAAAACGAAGUGAAUUGGAAUUGUAAUCGGAUACCUUUAAUGUUUUUGAGAACCAUUUGAAUCGCUACUUGAUUCAAAUGGUUCUCAAAAACGUAGACAAAGUUUCGUCAUAUACGUUCUUCCUAUAUAUUGGAUUCGUCAGAUCCUUUCUUCAAUUAGCUGUUAAUGUGAAUGAACCAUAACUAUGUAACCCUAUUCCUAAUAGAUUGACCCCAAAAUAGCAUAUCCAAAUUAUAAGAAAUCCUAGAGAAGCCACAAUUGCGGAAUUUGAACCUUGCAAAUUUUUUUUUGUUCGAGUAUGUAAAUAAAUCGCGAAUAUAGUCCAAGUAAUAAAUGCCCAAGUUUCUUUGGGGUCCCAAUUCCAAUAGGCCCCCCAUGCCUCAUUAGCCCAUACUGCUCCCGAAAGAAUACCUAUGGUUAAAAAGAUAAACCCUAGACUAAUGACACGAUAACUCCAAUAAUCCAAUUGCUGAAUCAAUUGAUACCUGUGAAAAUUUCUAAAGGAAAGAAAAAAAGUAUUUCGUAAAACAUUGUUUCUUUCAUUCAUACAUUGAAUCUCACCAAAGGAAAAUGACCCAAUUAAUAAAUGAUUGUUUUUACCAAAAAUCUCUAUGUUUUUUCGAAAUGUAAUGACUAGAAGAGCUACUGAUAAUAAUGAUCCGCAUAAAAGAGCUGCAUAGCUCAAUACCAUCAUACUUACGUGCAUCAUUAACCACUGGGAUUUUAGAGCAGGUACCAAUAUUGCGGAUUGCUGUAAUUCAGUUAAAAGACCCGAAGUGGCAAACCCUUGGGUAAAAAUAGCACUUGGCGCGGUUAUUACGCUUAAAUGAUUUUUAUGAUUCCAUAUUUUAGGAACUAUAUGAAUAAUGGAGAAACUCCAUGAAAGGAACAUUAAUGAUUCAUAUAAAUCACUUAAUGGGAAAUGUCCCGAAGAAAUCCAACGAGUAAUUAAGAAUCCUGUUAUACAAAAAAAAGUAGUUAUCAUACCUUUGUCUGACGAAUCAUAUAGUUCUACGAUUCCAUCGACUAAUAGGCUCAUCAAAUGAAUCGUAAUUACAAUUGAAACGACUGAAAAAGAGAUAUGAGUUAAUAUAUGUUC